AGAGAGAGAGAGAGAGAGAGAGAGAGAGAGAGAGAGAGGCAAUCAAGUACUGGUGAAGCACUUCAAAUGCCUUGGUGUCUGCAGCAUGCCUUAUUGUCUGCAGCUGACAUCCAGAGCGCUUUCCCAAAUAUAUAUCAUUAAGCUUAGGGUUUGUUUCUUCAUUUACCAUAGAGAAAGCAAGAUGAAGUUUCUGCAGAAACUGGGUUUCUUCUGCAUUCGUUCAAGUCUUCUUCUUUUUCUUGUUUCGCCGCUCGUCAGCUCCUCUCAAGAACACAUGAAAGGUGGAGGCAGUAACAAAGACAACAGUCAUAAGCAGAUGAGUCACAACUUAUCGUUUGAAAUCAGACUACACGGGUUUCUUCUUUGGGCUUCGAUGGGGUUCUUGAUGCCUGUAGGAAUACUUGCUAUCAGAAUGUCACAGAGAGAGGAAUGUGGAAGAAGGCUCAGAAUUCUUUUCUAUGUUCAUGGUUUUUCAGAGAUGCUCUCUAUCCUUCUUGCAACAGCAGCAGCAGUGAUGUCUUUCAGAAACUUCAACAACUCCUUCAACAAUAAACACCAAAGAGUUGGCUUAGGCCUAUAUGGCCUCAUAUGGUUGCAAGCCCUAAUGGGGUUUAUAAGGCCACAAAGGGGAUCCAAGGGAAGAAGCGUAUGGUUUUCUGUACAUUGGAUUCUUGGAACUGCAGUGUCACUGCUUGGGAUCCUCAACAUAUACACAGGACUACAAGCCUACCAUGAGAAGACCUCAAAAGGCAUAAAGCUUUGGACCAUAAUUUUCACUGCUCAAGUCUCUUUCAUGACCUUCUUCUACCUCUUCCAAGACAAAUGGUGGUACAUCCAAAAGCAAGGAGUGCUUCUGGGCCAUGAACCAGUAAGGCCCACUGCAGAUCAAGUACUUUUGCCAAUAGAAAAGCAAAAGCAAGCAGUCACUGAUUCUUGCUGAGAAGUGUUCUCUUUUCUUAAUAUAUAAAAUAUAUAUAUAUAUAUAUGUAUAGUAUCUUCAACUUUUUCACAGAGAAUGAUUUCUGCAUUCCCUUUCUCUCCCCUAUUCUCCUCCCGUUGGAUAGAAUAGAUCGAAAGGAGAAUCAACGGACAAGCAAAGGGAGAGUGUAGAAGGGGAAAACGAGAUUUGCGGGAAUCAUUUUCCCGUCUUCUCUAGGAAUAGUUGGUGUUUCUAGCAGGUGAAACACUGGGUGUUGGGAUGAGGAAUUCUUCCAAUAAGAUGAACUAAUGGUGUUUUGGUAUAUUUUGAAAUUAUUUGGUAACACACACCAUUAGCGGAAGUUUGUAAGUAGGAUUCUGUAUAAGAUUUGGAGAUUCUGUGAUUAUAAACAGAUUGUAGAGUUUUACUAA